AUACACAAUGGCUGCUGGAAAGACUGGAAAGCAAACAAUUUUCAGGCCCGCCGCGUCUAGCAAAAAACAUGAGAAAAAAUGAUUAAAAAUUCGAAAAAUAGUUACAAGUCAAGAAAAACACAGUAGAAAGAAUGUUAAGACACCUAGGGCACCUCAGUCCUGGCGGUGUUGACCACUUACAAUUGAAUCGAACAUUUGCAUCAAGACUAGUUGGGGACUGUGCCCUUAUUUACCAAGCAGGUCUGCCCUAGGGUGCCAUGGCCACAGGAAUCCAGGGGCACCUUGACUACGUUCCAGAGAAAGUAAGGCUUGCGGUGGCCACAGGGAAGCGCAAGAGAGCUGAAGGAAAACCCAGGAAGAACUUUUCCUGCCAACUAUGCGAGAAGGCCUUCAAUAGUGUAGAAAAGCUGAAGGUGCACUCGUACUCACACACAGGAGAGAGACCGUACCAGUGUUCCCAUCAAGACUGCACCAAGGCCUUCGUCUCCAAAUACAAGCUGCUACGGCAUAUGGCUACACACUCACCAGAGAAAACCCACAAGUGUACAUACUGUGAGAAAAUGUUUCAUCGAAAGGAUCACUUAAAGAAUCACCUGCACACUCAUGACCCAAACAAGGAGGCAUUUUCCUGCCAGGAAUGUGGUAAGAGCUACAACACUAAGCUGGGCUUCAAACGCCACCUUGCCCUCCAUGCAGCAAAUAGCGGAGACCUCACCUGCCAGGUGUGUCUGCAGCUAUUUGCCAGCACAGGGGUUCUCCUGGAACACCUUAAAACACAUGCAGGCAAGUCCUCGGGCGGGACCAAAGAGAAGAAGCACAGAUGCGAGCAUUGUGAGCGACGCUUUUACACCCGCAAAGAUGUGCGGAGGCACAUGGUGGUGCACACAGGGCGUAAGGACUUCCUGUGUCAGUACUGCGCCCAGCGCUUCGGUAGGAAGGACCACCUGACACGCCAUGUGAAGAAGAGCCAUGCUCGGGAGAUGCUGAGGGUUAAGACAGAGCCAACCGAUUCGCUGGAACCCUUUGUCAGUGACCUAGCAAUGGGUGAUCUGCCACCCAUUCUGCCCUCGAGGCAGCUACAGCUCUAUGGUUGUCCUGUCCUUGCCCUUCCAACCCCGGAUACAGAACACCUUAACAGCCUUCCACACUCUUUCUCCUUAAAGUACCCUCUGGGCUCCAACUUUACCUCAUAUACUACCACCGUGCCAGAGAGGGAGCAACAUUUGAAGGGAGACCUGGAGACAUACUUGAUGGAAAUGCAGAGCACCAUGCCCUCUUCCUCCACUCAGUUCUCUGCCUCGAAACUGGAGCUGGACCCCCAGGUGGACCCCUUGGAUGAAACAACCCAGGAAAUGUCCCUCUCCAAAAUGUCUGCAGUGGCUGCAGCAGCAGCAGCAACAAGUGACACGCUGGCAACCUCUUCAUCAUUGCUUGAUUUCUCACAGCUCUUUAACUUCCUGCCCUUAAAUGGCCCACAUUAUAACCAGACAGGAGCCAUGGGCAGCUUGGCAACCUCGUACCUGCCAGAGGAGACCCUUUCUCUAGUUCAGUUGUCCCCCCAACCACCUGAUGCCCCGGAAGUAUCUGGAAGUCCCCUCCAUGGUCUCUCUUCCUCCUUCACAUCUAAUCUGAACACAACCACCACACUGCCCCGUUUUCACCAGGCUUUUCAGUAGUUAGUUCAGCACUAGGUCAAUGCAGAGUUUAUGAAAUCCAUUCAUAUAUCUGAAUCCAAGUUUUAGUUGAACACUCGUCUGGAGUGAUUGAUCAUUAGGACAUAUAGAAUGAAAUUUAGUGUUAGAAAUAACAUAUGUAUUGAAUAUAAACACCUCAUUGUUAAGGUAAAUUGACUUACUACAGAAUCUAUACGAUUGAUAAUAUAAAGAUAUAGUUUGUAUUGGGACAUGUACUACAUCGUUGAAUUUUGAGCAAAUAAGUCAGUAAAGAAUAAUCAUAAUAGAAAUGUACAAUUUUGUUAUAAGAGCACAGGCCAGGGGAGUUGCAAUGGGCAGUGGACCAGGCAGCCGCCUUACAUGUACUAUAAAAACUAUAGCACACCCUGAAGUGCCUUGUUGUUACCUAAAAAUGCCAGACAAUUUAAAAUGUUUUAACACACUAGCAAUAAGCUAACUUGUUGGUUAACUAGUUGGUUAACUACCUCUAGUUAAUUCCUCUACCUCUAACUAAUUCUAGAAUUGAAAGUAUGUUAAACAGCAAUUGUUUACUUAAUCAUCCCCACACAAUUUGUCUUAGACAAACAAAUAUGAUUCCAUGCAAAUGCAAAUAAUGUCAAAAGCUAGAAAGAUUCAGGACUGACAAAAAGAAAAUUGGUACAGAACUACAAGAUUUCAGACUCGUUCAAUAACAAACCCCAAUCCAGAGUACUAAAAUAUAUUUUUAAAUAGAUUUAGACGAGGUUGCAGUGUUUUUAUUUUUGAUUCUUAAAAUAUUGUGCCUUAUAGUUAAAACAUAGUGUGCCUAUUUUACAAUGUUUCAUAAAGCACUUUGAACUUUAAGUGAUGUUGAACAUCAUCACAUAUCUGUCUCAUAUCUGUGUGGGCGGAGUUCAAGCAAUACAACUAUACAUACAGUAUGUUCUCACAAUUGGGAAUAUACCAUGGAAUGAAGGUUAUGUAAAUCCUGGAUCCCUAUCAAAACCAAAGCCAACCAAUUAUCUAGCAAGCAGUUGAGUAGCAUGCUAUGAUGUUUAAGGUUUUAUCGAUGCUGCUGUUUCAUCCCUGUUUUUCCCACUGAGACAUACACUGUUGUUCUCUAUCAUCACAAUAAUUAUAUAAAUUAUAAAUAUAUUUGUAAUCAUAUAUGUAAUUAUCUAUAUUUAUCUAUUAAGACGCAUUGACACCCUAGGUUAAUAUGAACAAAAAAGGCUGUGAAAAGAUUGUCAUUGUUGUUUUCAGCUUGAUCUUACUCUCAAAAUAUUAUAUUAAUCUAACCUUUGAGUUACAAAUGUUUGAAGAAAAAUAUUAUACAGAAACAUGCAUGUCACAAUUAUUGGCACCUACUUUGUGUAUCCCCACUUUUGAGAAAUAACAGCUGUCAGACGCUGUCUCCUGUAUUGUUUGAGAAGGUGGGAGAAGAUUUUGGAAGGAAUUUAAGACCGUGCCUCCACACAGAAACUUUACAUAUCCUCAGUCGUAGCUUAUUGACUCUCCUUUUAAGCCCACCCCACCGGUUUUGAUAGGAUUUAUGUCAGAGGACUAUGAUAGCCAUUGCACAAGCUUACAUCUAUGGUCAGUGAACCAUUUCAGUGUGGAUUUGGAGGUAUGCUUCAGAUCAUUGUCCUGCUGGAACAUCUAACAACUCAGGGUUAGCCAUCUGGCAGAGACAGACAGGCUUUGACCUAAACUCUCCCGGUACAUGAUGGAGUUUAUGGUGCCACAUAUCCUAACAGGUUUCUAGGGCCAUUGGAAGUAAAGAACAGACCCACAACAUCACAAAUCUGCAACCAUACUUUAUAUUGGGGAUUAGGAUUUAUUCUGCAAUAUUACGGUUCCCACCCCUGGUGUUUAUUGGCAGAAUAACUGAUUUAAAUUUAAUUUACAGUGAGAUUGAACUAGCUCUAUCUGUUUAUGUUUGUGGUUUGGUGACAGCUGAAGUUAUCUUCUGGUUACCCUUGCAAAUAACCCUUGUUUUCUUAGCCAUUGGCUGAUUUGCAAAUGCAUACCAUAAUUUGUGUGUCCUUUUCCAUGUAGAUAGAUGACUAAGGAUGCCAAUGACUAUGACAUGCAUGUUUUAAAAUGAAGUUGUUAUUUUGUGGUAAAAUGUAGGUUAGACACAUACAAUAUGGUUAUGUUUUGAGAUUACAUGUUGUCUUAAUUGCUUUAGUCAACUUCAGUUAUUAAGGAGAAAUAGCUCAAUCAUGUAUGAGUAAGGAAAAUGUCUUAACAGGAAGGGAAACAUCAGCCUGGGUUUGUGUUACAUUUAGACUCAACAGCAAUAACUCUAUUCUCAAAUAUUUCACUCCAUUCCUUAGAAAUACAGAUGUAUAGUAAAGACAUGGUCUAUGAAGGAUUACACUCUAUUUGAGGAGUGACAAGAUCAGAAUGUACCACAGUUAGAUUGAUUUGUCUGAACCUAAAGUACAUACAAGUUUUAUUGCUUGAGUCAAGCAGUGAUUUAGCAAAAGAUUCCCCAAUAUAAGUUACAUUUAAAUGGUAUUAUGGUUAAUCAUGUCAGACAGGGAGUGAGUCCAACCUGAAGAGCUGGUUAAUAACCUUUAAAUUGGUUUGAAACCUAUGAUAGUGAAAAUGUGCCCUUUGACGGUUUUAUAGCUGAACCAAGUAGCCUUGACUGAAUUUCAUCCAUAGCGAAGUCCAUUAAGAAGAUUAUUCAAUAGAUGUUUCAAUGGAAGUAAUGAUGGCUGAAUCGCUUUCAGUAGCACACCAGACACAUUUAUCAUUUUAGAAACCAUCAUGUUC